UAGCUGCAUGCCACUCUGUCGGUCAGUCAGUGGCCCCGGUCCGCUGCGCCUGCGCCUACUUCCACAGCUCUCCAAAACCGAAACGCGCCACCGCCGCCACUGCGGGCAUGACAUACAAGCAGUAGUGGUAGUGGAAGUGGACUUUCUUCUGCCGGCGUUUGAGAGGAUUUAAAUAAGGAAACGUGGAGAGAUAAGAGAAGGAGAGAGGGAACAGACUCAUUUCUGGCCGUGCCGUGCGUCGAGAGGAGUAGAUGAGUCAAUGGCUGGGGCACAGCCUGGAGUUCAUGCGUUGCAGCUCAAGCCAGUGUCCGUGCCAGAGUGCCUCAGAAAGGGCAGCAAAUUUAUGAAAUGGGAUGAUGAUUCUACCACUGUGACCCCGGUGACUCUAACAGUUGACCCCAAAGGAUACUUCCUGUAUUGGAUCGACCAGAACAAGGACACAGACCUGCUGGAUAUUGCAUGCAUAAAAGAUGCCAGAAAUGGAAAGUGCACGAAAACACCAAAGGAUGCAAAGCUGCGUGAGUUGCUGGAUGUCAGCACACUGGCGGGGAAGAUGGAGAACAGGAUGCUGACGGUGGUUAGCGGCACUGACAUGGUCAACAUCACUUACCUGAACUUCAUGGCCUUUCAAGAGGAGAUUGCAAAGGAAUGGGCAGAGGAAUUAUUCAACCUGGCAUCUAACCUUUUGGCACAGAACAUGUCCAGAGAGGCCUGCCUUGAAAAAGCAUAUGCUCGACUGAAGCUGCAGCUUAACCCUGAAGGACGAAUUCCUGUCAAGAAUAUCUUCAGGAUGUUCUCAGCAGACAGGAAGCGAGUGGAGACAGCACUGGAAAACUGCAACCUCCCUUCUGGCAGAAAUGACUCCAUCCCCCAGGAGGACUUCACUCCAGAGGUUUACAGCAUGUUCCUGAGUAAUAUCUGCUCUCGACCAGAACUAGACCACAUCUUCUCUGAAGUUGGAGCUAAGAGUCGCCCGUACCUCACAGUGGAGCAUAUGACAGAGUUCAUUAACAGCAAGCAACGAGACCCUCGUCUUAACGAGAUCCUCUACCCUCCGCUCAAACCAGAGCAAGUUCAGCUGCUGGUGGACAAAUAUGAACCCAACACUUCACUUGCACAGAAAGGUCAGAUCUCGAUGGAGGGCUUUGUCCGAUAUCUGAACGGGGAGGAGAACAGCAUAAUUCCCCCAGAGAAGCUGGACCAGAGUGAAGACAUGACCUAUCCACUCUCUCACUACUUCAUUAACUCCUCACACAACACAUACCUCACGGCGGGGCAGCUCGCAGGGAACUCCUCAGUUGAGAUGUACAAACAGGUCCUUCUGUCUGGGUGCCGCUGUAUUGAACUGGAUUGCUGGAAAGGACGCACGACAGAGGAAGAGCCUGUUAUCACGCAUGGGUUUACAAUGACAACUGAGAUCUCUUUUAAGGAAGUGAUUGAGGCUAUUGCAGAGUGUGCCUUCAAGACCUCACCGUUUCCUAUCAUUCUGUCUUUUGAGAACCACGUGGACUCACCAAAGCAGCAGGCGAAGAUGGCAGAGUACUGCCGGUCAAUAUUUGGAGACGCAUUACUGAUGGAACCACUGGAGAAAUAUCCUCUUGAAGCUGGAGUUCCACUUCCCAGCCCCAUGGAGCUGAUGGGCAAGAUCCUGGUGAAGAACAAAAAGAAACAUCAAAAAACCGAUGGAAGCACCAAGAAAAAGCUGUCUGAGCAGGUUUCCAACACCUACAGUGAUUCUUCCAGCGUAUGUGAGCCAUCCUCUCCUAGUGCAGGGUCAACUAAAGAAGAGAUGGCUGAUUCCUCACAACCCUCUGAUAGUGCUGAGCUCAACCUGAGACCACAUGGCAGAAAGUCUAUUGGUGAGGUGGAGGCUGAGAGCGAUGAUGAGGAUGAUGAUGAUGAUGACUGUAAAAAGGGCUCAAUGGAUGAGGGUACAGCAGGCAGUGAGGCGUUCGCUACAGAGGAAAUGUCCAACCUGGUCAUCUACAUCCAGCCAGUCAAGUUUUACACCUUUGAGAUGUCCAAAAAGAUCAGCCGGAGCUACCAGAUGUCCUCUUUCGUAGAGACCAAAGCUUUGGAGCAACUGACAAAGUCUCCAGUAGAGUUUGUGGAAUACAAUAAACUGCAGCUGAGCAGGAUCUACCCUAAAGGUACUCGAGUCGAUUCAUCCAACUACAACCCUCAGCUCUUCUGGAAUGCUGGCUGUCAGCUGGUGGCUCUCAACUUCCAAACCAUCGACUUAUCGAUGCAGCUGAAUCUGGGCAUGUAUGAGUACAAUGGGAAAUGUGGCUUCAGACUCAAACCAGAGUUCAUGAGACGGCCGGACAAACACUUCGAUCCUUUUACUGAAAGCACAGUAGAUGGCAUAGUUGCCAACACACUGUCUGUUAAGAUCAUCUCAGGUCAGUUCCUGACCGAUAAGAAAGUAGGCACAUACGUGGAGAUUGAUAUGUUUGGCCUGCCAGUUGACACCAAAAGAAAAGCAUUCAAGACCAAGACAUCUCAGGGCAAUGCCAUCAACCCUGUCUGGGAAGAGGAGGCCAUUGUUUUCAAGAAGGUUGUCCUUCCCACACUGGCUUCACUGAGGAUAGCCGUGUUUGAAGAAGGAGGAAAGUUUAUUGGCCACCGCAUCAUGCCUGUUUCAGCCAUCCGGCCAGGAUAUCGAUAUAUCAGUCUAAGGAAUGAGAAGAACCAGUCACUGAUGUUACCUGCCCUCUUUGUUUACGUUGAAGUGAAGGACUACGUCCCAGAUACAUUUGCAGAUGUCAUUGAAGCAUUGUCCAACCCCAUCCGCUAUGUCAACCUGAUGGAGCAGAGAGCUAAUCAGCUGGCUGCUCUCACUUUAGAAGAAGGAGGAGAAGAUGAGGGUGACAAAGAGGUGGAGGCAGGAAGUGAUGCUCCCUCAGAAUCUAAAGUGGACCAGCGGGUAGCAGUACCUGCAGAGAACGGACUGAGUCACACUCCAAUUAUCGCCCCCAAACCCCCAUCGCUGGUCGGCCAUCAGCCUCAGUCUGCUGGUUCACUGAAACCAUCAGUGAAGACUGAAGACAUCAUACAGAGUGUCCUCACCGAGCUGGAUGCUCAGACAGUGGAGGAGUUGAAGCAGCAAAAGGGGUUUGUCCGAGAGCAGCGAAAGCAGUACAAGGAGAUGAAGGAGCUGGUUAGAAAACAUCAUCGCAAAACAAGCGAGCUUAUCAAGGAGCACACGGCUCGUGUUUCUGAGCUGCAAAGCCAGCAUCAGAGGCGGCGCUCGACCCUGCAGAAGAGCCACAAACGUGACGGUAAGAAAAGUCGGUCCGAAAACUCCCUGUCGACUCUGGACCAGGAACUUUGUGAGCUGGACCAGGAGUGCGGCCAGAAACUGGCAGAGCUGAAGGAGCAGCAACAGCAGCAGCUGCUCACACUCCGCCAAGAGCAAUACUACAGUGAGAAAUACCUGAAACGAGAACACAUCAAACAGCUGGUCGAGAAGCUGACAAGUAUAGCAGAGGAGAGCCAGAGUGCUCAGCUCAAAAAGCUCAGAGACAUCUGCGAAAAAGAGAAGAAGGAUCUGAAAAAGAAAAUGGACAAGAAAAGACAAGAGAAGAUCAAUGAAGCGAAAUCUAAAGACAAGAAUUUAACAGAAGAAGAGAAGUUAGAGAUCAACAGAUCUUUUGUCAACGAGGUGGUGCAGUAUAUUAAACGGUUGGAAGAUGCUCAGAGUAAAAGACAAGAGAGGCUACAAGAGAAGCACAAGGAGAUCCGGCAGCAAAUAUUGGAUGAAAAGCCAAAGCUGCAGAGUGAUCUGGACCAAGAGUACCAGGACAAGUUUCGCAGACUGCCUGUGGAAAUCCAGGAGUUUGUUCAGGACAGCAGUAAGGCCAAGCUUUGUGACGACAGCCUCCCUGGAAACCUUGUGGCAUCCUCAACAACAGAGAGGCUCAACCACAAGGCGUCACAGUCUGAGGACGACAUGGAGGAGGGCUCCUCAGAACAAGUAUUCGACACAGCCCUUUAGGGAUCUAACCUUUUUUCUCUGUACUGGGACAGUGUUUGGUCGUUGAGGUUGUGACCACAGAUUUAGAAUGAGACUGCCCCCAACUUUGUUCCUACGUGUAACCAAUGGGAGGAUUAGAUCAAAUAUGAGCCUUACUGGGUGAGUAGAGGUCCUCUCAGCUUAGAGUGAAGUUCUGUCCAGAAAACUGUUUCAUGUAAAUAGUUAUUUUUGUGUAUUUGUAUGUUAAUCUGUAUGUUGUCCUCUCUUUCGGUAUGGCCACAUGAUGUGUUAUUGAACACUAAUAAUUUGCAGGAAAUACCUUACUUGAACUAUUGCACAGACAGAGUAGUUUCUUUUUGUUAUAAUUUCCGUUGUCAUGAUGCUAUGACAGAGAGGUUUUGUGUGACAAGAUCUGAUUUGUCUUACGGUGGAUUUUCAGUUGAGUCGACUUGCACUGUAAAAAAUCAAAACCUUUAUAUACUCAGCCUUUAGAGUUUCCAUCUUUGGAAGAUUGAAUUUCACCCCUUCAUGUUUGCACUGAAGCCUCACUGUGUAAAACUACGUAACUCUUUAAAACAACAUAACUCUAUUUUAAUCCAGAAGCCUGUUUUGUUCUUACAGAACUAAGCCUUUGUGUUGCUGCUAUGAUUUUUUUUUAACUCAACAUUUUAACUAUUAAUAUGAUGCAGUGAUUUAUCAUUCUUUUUGUGUUUUGGCCAGUUUUUAAUACAUUUUACAUUGUUUACUGCCAACUCUGUCACACCAGGAAGAGAAGGGAUAGCCUGUUGUACAGUGUGUGCAUGCAUUUUAACAACUGUACAUGUUACAAUAGCUGUGUAGCAGAGAUGUUUAUUUAUGUAAAUUGACUUUUUCUCUGGUACAUUUUGAUUGAACCUGCAAAAUAGCUGACCCAAUGUGGCUUUAUUAACACUGUGGAAAUGGGACUGUGUUUGAGAUCUGUUGGCUGCAUCCUGAAGUAAACUGAUUGCUUAUUGUGUUCUUUACAUUUGCCCUCUUCAGCUAAAACAGAUAGAGCAAGGACAAUUUAACACAAGAACCUCCUGUUUUCGUUCAAAUAAUUGGUCUUCAUAGGAUUUUGCUUAGAUUUACUCAAAACUCAGAGCAGAUGGUGCAGACUAUAGGAAACAUACCUGCCCUUGCCUUUUUUCUCAGCAUUCACCCAGUUUGAAUAGAUUUAGUCGGAAGUGGGGAAACACUGGGGAAAUUGCUCCACUUUUUUCCAGUAGAAAAUGUAGCAAUCAAUAAUGUAAUAAUGGCCAGUGACAUAAUUCCUGCCAGUAACAAAUUAAAUUUGACCAUUUUAAAUGUAUUGCUGCCAAUAACGUAAUUACUUGCCAAUGAUGUAAUACAAUUUUUAAAUCCAAUAACAUAAGAACAUUUUGCAAAUAAUGUGACAUAAUAUAACAUUACUGGCUUGUAAUCUCUGAGCAAAAACAUGUAGAGCACAUGAGUACUUCACUCUUCCUGAGUUCUAGCUAAUUCCACGAAGUGCGACAAAAUACAGUAAUUAGCUAAGACAUGCAAUUUUAGAUUUAAAUGUCCACGCAAAUUAACAAUGUUCUAAAUAAGGAUUUUGCAUAAAUAAUAAAGCUUAAAUUUGUUCCAAAAACCAUAUUUCAGAAAGGUUCUUACAAUUAUUUUAUUUCCAAGAAACGUUGUCUAUCAUGUAACCAGCUGCAGUUUUUAAAUAUUUUAAGUAUUUGAAUGUAAUAAUAUUUAAAUUUAUUGGCAGCUUUGUUGGCUUUACUUUAUACAAAAUGGUCAAAACUUACAUUAUUUACCAUUAGGACAUCUUUGGUUUCUCUCAACUCUUAUAGGGACAGCUUAGUGAGGUUCUGUUAUAAGGGUACAAACCAUUAAUAUCUAAUCUGCUAUAGAUCCAGGAUAGUUGGCCCCGGUGGGCUGAAGCUAACGUUCAGCUUUAAGAUGGCCCAGAGCGCAGCAGACUUAUACCGACUUAAAAUAACUUAAUUCUCAAAAAAACAUAACAGUUUAUGCAAACGACAAUUUAUGAACCUCAUCAGGUCAUCAGGUUUGCACUGGAUGGUCGUUUACAUAGAAGACAUUGAUCAUAGACAUAGCAAACGGAGGGAAGAUACGGUGCGCCAGUAAUCGUCCUGUGUGAAACAACUAUGGAGGACGGAAUAUGCAAAUAGUUUUUUGUUCAAAGUAACUGGAAUUGUGUGAAAAGCAAAAUAUGUUUCAAUGAUUUUAAUAAACUUUGUUUAAUUUCUUUUUACUCAACCUUACUUUUCUGUUUGGUUGCUAAUUUGACCUACAACAUAUUACAUGCUCUGUUCUUGACAUGUAUUUUAAACAGGAAGAUCACUGGUGUUGAACCACCACCUAUUUUGAUUUGUCAGAAAAAUAAUCAUUGGCUUCUACUAAAUUUGGAACUAUCGGCCACGAGAAGUCUCUUACCAAACAUGGCUCAGUUCAAACCUACCAGUGGGUCAUUUCGUAACUGAUUAAAAACGAUUAUUACAGGUCAUUUUUUUCAUUUAUAGUAAAUUAUUUAAGAAAAUCUUUAAGGAAAUGUGUUUAGUGUUUAUUGGACUCCAGUAAAUAUCCAUCAGCCAGCAGGAAGUCAGUUAGUUACUUUGGCUUGGUCAAGGGCUAUAGCUCUAAUAUUCCAUGACAAUUGACUGGCCCAAAUGGGGAUAACAACCACUUUCCAAAUGGAAAUAGAGUAUUAUAAGAAGUUUUCAGAUAAUAUAAGAUUAAACUAAAUUAUACAUUAGAUUUGAGCAUUUUGAUGAUUAUUUAUCUCUAUAAACCGUUUUUGAGACAGGAGAUGGUUUAAGAUGGUCCAAAACCUACUUUGUUUUUUGCCCCUGUCAGGCAAGACAUUAGCAAUAGCCUAUGAGAGCUUCUAAUAUGCAUUUAUACUAAAUAAAAAUGAAGCAAAAAUAGUCGCCUGUUGCAGCUAUGAUAUGAACAGCUUAUAAUUGUUUGCCAGAACCUCAUUUUAAUAACACCUGAACUUUUCCUGUAAUGCUCAGCUUCAUUCUAUUCCCCAUGUAAACUAUGCCCAUUCACUACACACGGGGAAGUAUAUUUUAACUUCCCAUCUGCCCAGUUACAUUCAGCUCUCAAGUGUGUCAUGUGACAUUAAAUAAUUUUCAGACAAAAAUAAAAUGAGCUGAUUUUGAGGUGACGCCGUACCUGUAAUUCAGUUUUAAAAAGAUGAUGUUGAUGUGAGAGUCCUGUGCCUUUGAAUGGGUUUGUCAUGUUUGAUGUUGAAUGUAUGAAAUGCAUCACUGUUUAUAUUGCCAUUUUAAUGUACUAUAUGAAGUUGUAUUGAAUAGACCGUGUGCACUUUUUAGUACAGUACCACUACUGAUGAUGCUUGUGAGUAUGUGAUGCAGUAGUUGACCAGUGUCUCGUAAGAGAGGAGAGACGUUUUUCUUUUAUGCCUUGAACCACUUUUUUAACAGGCUCCAUAUUAACUUAAAUGUAUGCACUCAGAAAAUGUUAAAGUAUAGGAAAUUUAGGAGAAAAAUAUAGUGUGAAGGGAAAUUGCUUGUAACUAAAAUAAAUGUGGCUUUAUUGUACUUUCCUGAAA